AGGUUUCACGUCCAUCUUGUAUGACAAAAUAUCCAAAAGGUUAUAAAGAAAAGAGAAAAUUUCCACACUGAAAAACAAGUGAGUAGAAGAGACUCUGGUCCCACUUUGUCACUAUAUCAAGUGAAUUCGAAGAGCAGAUUCACUGGAGUGUUUUGGGGUGAAUUGCUAAAGCGUGCUGCAUGGUUUACCACCAUUGUAGGGAGAAAAGGGAAGUUGGCAAGUAAAGGUUUGGAAUUGUACACAUUACAAAAUUCCAUGCCCCAUCAUCCAUUCUUAUUCCUUCACGUGUCCCCCAAAACUACACAACGAAUCCCAGCCACACCUCUUCUACAUAACCCUCAACCAACAACAUAUUCUCCUUAUCCUAAAUCCUUAUUCAACUAACCAACAACCUUAAUUUCCCUCUUUCCUUUUCAACAAUGGAAUCCCAUGCCUCCAAUUCAAACUCUCAUCCUAACCAUAAUAACAGCCACCACCACCACCACCCCCCUAGGUUCAAACCCAGCCAACCCAUCUCCGACCGAAUAGUCCGUGCCCUCCGCCACCGUCUCCGCCUCCUCCACCGUGCCGGCUCCACUUUCUUCAUAUUCGGUGCCACCGGUAACGUCUACACUGUCACCCUCUCCUCCACCCCCUCCUGCACCUGCCCUGAUCGUACAACCCCAUGCAAGCACAUUCUCUUUGUUUUCAUUCGAGUUCUGGGCGUGUCCCUUGAUGAUGUCUGUCUAAGGAGGAGGACCCUUCGUCCCUGCCAGCUCCAACGCCUCCUCGGCAAGCCCACUUUGCCAGAGGCAGUGGCGGGCGGCACCCUCCGACAGAGGUUUCACCAACUGUUCUUCAAUGGAGGGUCAAGGAGGCCAAAGAUAGAGACGGAGGAGGGUGCGACGUGCCCGGUUUGCCUUGAGGAAAUGGAGAAGGAGCAAAAGCUGGUUGCAUGUGGGACAUGUCGUAACCCUGUUCAUGAAGAGUGCUUGAUGAGGUGGAAGAGAACAAGGGGAAGAAGAUCGGCUAGUUGUGUGAUUUGUAGAGCAAGGUGGAGGGAUACGGCGGAGCAGGAUCAAUAUCUGAACCUUUCUGCGUAUGUUAGUGAAGAUGACAUCGGAGAACCUGCUGGGGGGCUCUGCACCGGCUGAGUUUCAUGUACAUAUAAUAUAAUGUUUGAUGUGUGGUUAAAGAAUCAUAAUCACAAUUAACUGAAACUGUUUAUGUUGCAAUUAUGAUUAGUCAGAAUACUUGUAUAUUGUUUCUGUA